AUGGUUUCCAACUUUGCGGACCGUGUCCCAAGUGAUCGAGUGAUCUUCGCAUGCCAGAAUCGGCUGGCUUCAGGCGCGUACUCUCCCAAGUCAGCGUUCACCCUCCCGAAACGCUCGCCCUACAAACACCUGUCCUCGCGCAACUAUCUCGCCUCCCAGAUCACUGUCUGCCAGAACGGCAGCCCGCCCCAGAACGGAUACCUCAUAACGAACAGGCGCCCUCAUCAGCGUGAUGUCAGCCCAAGCAAACGUUGGCGCUGUACGGCCUGCGGCAACCGUUACGCAACCAAGCGAAAUGCCGAGCAGCACAGGUGCACCGACAACCACGAUCAUGAUCAUCGAUUCUUCUGCAUGUCCGAUGGGUGUGGCAAGUCUUAUUGGCACGAGAGGUCAAUCGGCCGUCACUGGGAGACCAGACAUGGUCCUCAAACAGCGACGCAAGAGGGACCCCGCUGGGAGGAUCGGGAGACUGAUGAGGCCAAGGGAACGAGGCGCCGGAGGAUCGAACGUGUCCCGGCGUGCUCGGUUGAGGAAGUCCAGCCAGAACUUCAGCAACCCGGAGACUCUGACAAUGGUCAUACUACGAUUUCCAGCGCCAAUCGAUCUGAUACAGCACACCCUUCGACAUCCAACUAUGGUAACUGCGACCCCAGCGCCCAACUCGGCCACCUGAACCAAGGCGCGUACUGUGCGGGUACCCAGUACCCUGAGUCCGCGCCUUACAUGCCCGGAGCCGGCUCCGACCACGGAUACAUGGUUCAUGGCGCGCCUGAAUCUACUUCCGCCUUUGGAACAACAUCUUACCCCAGCCAUGCUGAUGGCAGCAUGGGUCCUUACCACCCAUCGGGGACGGCCAGCAGCUACCAUGACUCCUCCCCUGAGUCCGCGCCUUACAUGCCCGGAGCCGGCUCCGACCACGGAUACGUGGUUCAUGGCGCGCCCGAAUCUACUUCCGCCUUUGGAUCAACCUCUUACCCCAGCUAUGCUAAUGGCAGCAUGAAUCCUUACCACCCAUCGGGGACGGCCAACAGCUACUAUGACUCCUCCCCUGAGUCCGCGCCUUACAUGCCCGGAGCCGGCUCCGACCACGGAUACGCCCCGCCUGAAUCUACUUCCGCCUCUGAAACAGCAUCUUACCCCAGCUAUGCUAAUGGCAGCAUGGGUCCUUACCACCCAUCGGGGACGGCCAGCAGCUACCAUGACUCCUCCCCUGAGUCCGCGCCUUACAUGCCCGGAGCCGGCUCCGACCACGGAUACGUGGUUCAUGGCGCGCCCGAAUCUACUUCCGCCUUUGGAUCAACCUCUUACCCCAGCGAUGCCAGCGUCGAACCCGUUGGCGGCAUGGCUUUUCCCCAGACAUCGGAGAUGGCCAACAACAACUACCAUGGUUCCUCCUCCGAUGGUCUCGCGCCAACCGUCGCAUACGAGUACAACGCACCCGCCACGGCCGGUUACUAUGAGUACGCUUACACCUCAUCUGACGGAGCUUUUUCCGGUUAUUAG